UGCAGCACUGAUCAUCAAUUAAUUUCUGACUCAGCUGAGAGCCGUUUAUAUUGCCGGUGGUUCUACAUAAGAUUUAUGUCUGUGAGGCGGUGAUUGUUGUUAUUUGGUGAGGCAUCAUGUUCCUGGGCACUGAACGCAAACAUACAAAGACGUGUGUUCUAGUGUUUGUGCUGCUGCCGUUCGCGAUUGGCAAAAUAGAGCCGCAGAGUGGAGCUAUAUGUAGAUCGUCAAGUGGUUUGCAAGGAAUGUGUGUGCUUUUGAAACAUUGUCCUAAACUAAGAGCAAUACUGGACAAGCCGUACAUUAACCGGCAGGAGAAUAAUUUACUAACAGGAGCUGAAGGUGCAUGUCCCCCGGAGUCGGAGCAAUUUUGUUGUGCGGAUGGAGAUAUUCGUUGGGACACAAGAUCUACAACGAAACUUCCGAAACGAUCCUGGACGACAGUAAAGAUAAAAGAGGAUAAUGCACCAGGCGAUGAAGACUGUCUCCAGACACGCCUUGGAAUGAGCAGUGAGUCCUUUGGAAGAGCUUCACUAGGCACCUCGUUUGGAGUGUUUAUAACGUACACGGGUAAGACUAAGCUCAGCAGAUGUGUGGGCAGUUUGAUCACACCCGAGUACGUCCUCACAGUGGCCCACUGCGUGCGAGAACCGUACCGGAACCGAAUAGUUUUGUACGUAAAUGCACAACGCGUCACAUUUGACCCUGUUCUGGAGAUGCUGCAGGGUGAUGUGAACCCAACGUACGUGCGGGAGGUCAUCAUCCACAAGGAGUACAACCGUACCACGUAUGAUCACGACAUUGCUUUGCUACAGUUAAAUGAGACCAUCGCUCGGGGCGGUUACGGUUCGCCCACACCGAUCUGUAUCCCGUUGGGUGCCACACACGAUGAGAAUGCCUCUGCCGGUCGGACCCUAAGCUGCUUCGGUUGGGGCGUAAAUGCCAACGGUGACCCGAGUAACAGGAAGCAGUGGGUAACGCUGGAGCGCAUCUCUCAGCAACUGUGUCAAGCACGUAUGGACGAGUUAAUGGUAGCGCUGGUGCAUAGGGUGCUGGUGACGGAACGUAACAUCUGCACCAUCACCAUCACCGGACAUGACGCGUUCGCAGGAUAUUCCGGUGGUCCACUGAUGUAUCGGAAGGAAGGAACCUGGUUCUUGAUUGGAUUGAUCAGUUUCGGAGUCGAUACCACUAGCAGCGAAUUCCCGGUGGUUUCCACUAACGUGCAGCAGUACACCGAUUGGAUUGUGGACGUUAUUCGCAGCAGGCAGGGCAGAAAGUAAAAUAGUAUUCAAAACACUAACUUUAAAGGAAAGAAGGAAAGAGAUUGCAAAGAACCAAAAUAAACGUACUGAAUGCUACUGUUGUAACAAGAUUAACGCACUCUUUAUAAGU